AUGACGCGGCACCCCCGCCUGCCCGCGGCGGCGCUGGCGGCGGCGGCGCUGGCGCUGCUGGCGGCGCUCCCCCGCGCCGCCGCGCACGGCUUCCUGGCCAUGCCCGCCGCCCGCAACGUCAUCCACUCCACCUACUACCCCCGCGCCGCCGCGGAGCGGGACAGGUACGAGGAGAGCUACUGGAACUACUGCCCGCACUGCCUGGCGGCGGGCGGCCCGGGCCAGGUCAGCGGCGGCGGCAGCCUCACGUGGCCCGCCGGCCUCAACGGCUUCUGCGGCGACAUGUAUUACAAGGACGGAGCAGCACCCAACGUGGACACCAGCAGGGACCACGAGGCCGGCGGGCGCUUCGCCACGGGCGAGAUUGGCGGUACGUACGAGGAGGGCGGGGUGAUGAAGGUGCAAGUGGGCAUCACCGCCCACCACAACGGCCGCUUUGGCUUCCGCAUCUGCCGCGUCGCGGCGCCCGCCCAGGGCCAGACCUGGGUGGACGCCGAGAAGGCGCAGCUGACACCCGAGUGCUUCAACCAGUACAUUCUAGUCCAGGCCAACGUGAAUGGCUCCCAGGCCCCCUACCAGCAGUACUCAUACCUGCCGUUCAAGCGCUGGGAGGCAAGCGCUGCCGCACACCUUGCGCUGCCCCUGCCUGCCCCCUGUUUGUUCUGCUCGAACGCUUGCCGGCAGAACGGCUACUCCUUUGAUGCCACCCCUCCCAUGUACACCUACUACUACACUGUGCCGGAUGGCCUGAACUGCGACGGCGUGAAGUUCCGCUGCGUGCUACAGUGGCACUGGGCGACGGGCAACUCGUGCACGCCGCCCGGCACGCCAGACGCGUACCGCGAGAAAUCGAUCGAGUACUGCGGCCCCAACGCGCCCUUCCCCGAAGAGUUUUGGAACUGCGCAGACAUCCGCACCACCCCUCGCUCCAACGUGCCUCCGUCCCCGCCAAGCCCUCCCUCGCCGCCACCCUCGCCGCCGUUCCCUUCGCCGCCGCCUUCGCCCCGGCCCUCGCCGCCCUCUCCGCCGCUCCCCAGCAGGCAAGGCGCAGACUGGAUGCGCGCGGCCCCGCCGCCAAGCCUGUCGGGCUACCCCUGCCAGUCUGGCAACGCCACCUGCUUCUGCUUGUGGAAGGGCGGCGCCGCCGGCACCUUUGCCGACGUCAAGACGGGGUGCAAGUCUUACUACUCGUGUGUGCCGGGGGGCGUGCCCAGCUACUCUUCCUGCAUCUCCGGCCUGUUGUUCAGCGACAGCAUGGUCGCCUGCGACUAUCCAGCCAGCCCCGCCGCCCUCGCCGGCGGCGGCGACGCGCCCGGCGCCGCCCUCGCCGCGCCCGCCCUCGCCAGCGCCGCCGGCGAGGAAAAGCAGCCCGCCGCCGCGGCCGCGCCCGCCGCAGCCGCCGCCACGCCCUCGCCCGCCCCGGCCGCCGCCGUCCCCUCGCCCGCCGCCACGCCCGCCCCGGCCGCCGCCGUCCCCACGCCCGCCGUCCCCACGGGCAGCGGGCUGCCGGGAUCCCUGGCCAACCCCUUCAACAUCACCUCCCUGCCCUACCUCAGCCCUAAGCUGUCGAUGGCGGACAAGCACAGGGGGGUGCUGCCCAGUGAGGUGCCGCAGUGCGGCUCCAUCUUCCCAUCCACUCGCGGCUAUGCAUUCAGGUGGCAGGCCCCCGCGGCCGGCACCCUGCGCGCCUCCACUUGCGGUUACACCGAUGCCGACACGCUGCUGGCAGUGCUGGUGGGCAGCUCCAGGAGCGGGCCCUGGCGGUGCCUGCGGAGCAACGACGAUGACCUCGCCUGCGCCGCCGCCAACGAGUUUGCCAGUACGGCCUCCGCCUCCGCCGCCGCCGGCAGCUGGUAUCUGGUCGUGGUGGCCGAGUACGAGAACAACAUCCCCCCAGACUUCCAGCUGCGCGUCACGGGCCCAGCCACGCGGCUGAGGCGGGCGAUGCGGCUGCAAGGCGUGUGA